UACAGAAGCCGGCAAAUUUCUCUCUCUUUCUUUGGCGGGUGGAACUGUGGAAGUGGAAGCAACGAAAAUGGCAACUAAAAACAAGAUAAUUUGUUCCAUUUUGCUUGCCCUUCUAGGGCUAGGUUUCUAUGAUAUUUUUCGUAACUUCGAAGAGAAUGGGUGUGCAAUGACGUACAUGUUUCAGUGGCCGUCGUAUAUUGAUAUUAAAAUGAAUGAUGGUAUUCAACAGAGAUAUCCUCAGUAUUCCUUGUCACUCUAUGGUGAAGGAGAUUACCUCAAGCAAUCUAGAAACCUGAAACUGAAUGGCAUACCUGUCCUUUUUAUACCCGGAAAUGCUGGUAGCUAUAAACAAGUGCGUUCUCUAGGCUCUGCAGCAUUGAGGAAAGCCCAGGCCUACAGCUUCCACUUCAACUACUUCACCAUCGAUUUCAACGAGGAAUUGACGGGAGUUUACGGAGGUACACUUAAGCAACAAACAGAGUAUGUGCAUGAAUGCAUCAGGCAUAUUCUAACAUUGUAUAAACACAAGAAAAAUCCACCUACAAGUGUUGUUCUGGUCGGUCACUCCAUGGGUGGUGUGAUUGCCAGAGCACUCUUCACUCUACCAGACUUCCAGCAAAGUCUAGUACAUACUGUCAUCACCCAGGCUACACCUCAUGUAAGCCCAGUCAUUGGGGCAGAUAAAUACCUCGUGGACUUCUAUUCGACAGUCAACAAGUAUUGGAAGGAGCAUAUACAUGGCGAUGGAUUGAAGGAUGUAACACUGUUGUCUGUCAGUGGUGGACAUCGCGAUACUAUGGUACGAUCUGGCUUGACGUCACUGCAUGAUAUCGUGCCACCAAAUCGAGGUCUUAGCGUCAACGCCAUGUCUGUACCUAGAGUGUGGCUGUCAACCGAUCAUCAGUGUGUGGUGUGGUGCAAAGAGUUGGUGCUAGCAAGUAAGAGAGCUUUGUUUCAGAUGGUGGAUAGUCAAACCAAACAGAUAUCCACUGAUCCUGACUUUCGCAUGAAGGUUCUGAGACAUCACUUUGUGGAACAUAAUGGGAAGGAGAAAUUUAGUUUCGCUGAAGCAAAACCUAAGACGUUUGAAGGUGCUACAUUUGAGCUUGCGACGAAUUCACAGAAACACUCCGUCGGCAGGCGCGCCAAGAAAACCACACACUACCUCUUCCCAGUGGAACAGUCCAACACCCAGGAUGCAUUUGUGGCCUUAGCAGGCAUUGAGCCCAGGGAUUGGCUGUUUGUGUGUCAGGAGGGCAAUUCCACUUCUUGCUCCAGAGGGGUGGACAUUUCAGCCACAGCAAGGUUGAUCCCUCCGCUGAAGGCUGAUAUGAAAGAAGUAGUAGUGAAACUAGAUGAUUACCCCGACGCUAAGCAUGUUGUGUUGAAGGUGCCAUCUGGCAAAGCGGUUCCUGUAACUGCAGAGCUGUAUGACACGAACCAAAGACAUGUCAAUUUCACCCUACCUGGACCAUUUUCAGGACCAUCAGCCAGUAUAGUGCUGGAAUUUACUGAUGUUGGAGCUACAUUCUACAACAUCACAAUGCUCGACUUUAACUUAUUUCACUUGGCCUAUGAAGCUCGUCUUGAACCUCUUACUUGCGACACGGACCUUCACUCAGAUGCCAACACAACCCUUCGUCUUCACAUCCCAUGGGCUGAAGGCCAAGAUAUGUUUUCUGUUGCAAAGGCCGGUCAGAUCAACAAACUCUCUCUCAAGCUGCCGUCUGGUUGGCCGUCCCAUUACAACCAAUCUGCUCAGCUGUAUACCUACCUGAACCCAAGAUGUCGGUAUACCAUCAGAGGGGUUUGGUCAAUCCAGGAGAAGAUGGGGCAGGUUGUCAGGUUCCAUGCAAACUUACUUCCCAACUUCCUUGUCGUAGUUCUGGUGUUUCUGAUUUCCUUUCAACUCAAGCACAUCUACACAGAGAAGGCUAUUGAUGACUUCAUAUGGAUGCAGUCGACUUAUUGCAAGCCUAACGCCAUAGCCCUGGUCAUUUCAAUCUUCAGGGGUGUUGUCAAAUAUGAAUCAUUGGACAAGACGUUUGAUCUUCGGUCUUUCGAAGACAAGAAUAUCUUUUUCCCCGUUCUACCCCUGGUGUUCUUCCUGUUUGGGUAUGCGCUCCUGACACAGCUAGCUCUGUUGACCAGUUUCAAGGUGGCACUCUACGCACGCCUUGCUGUCUUUGUUAAAGGGACAAAGGCUGAUGAGCACCAGUUUAACCCAGCUGGUCCCACGCCCUGGUUGAUGUAUGGUGUAGUAGGUGGAUUGGUUGCGUUGUCAGCAAUGACUUGCGGAACGCUGGGCCUCAUAGCAGCACUGGUUCUGUAUUUCUUCAAGGUCGUUGGUAUGAAGGCCAAGGUCAUCCGACUGAGCCACUGCCUCAAUAUUCAUGGUGCCAUCGCAGAUGCAAACGUAAACGCCACGCCUUCGCCCAAAGACGAAGUAGCCUCCUCCGUCAAGGAGAACGAUUCGUCUUCUACUAGUACUGAGGACGUCAAGCCUCCCAAGCCUGAUGAUCCUAAGCCCAGAGAUCUCAGCCCUUUAGGAUUGGCCAAAGAGACAUACCACUUCCAUUUUGCCAUCAUGCUACUCCUGUGGUGCCUGUGCGUACUGAACGCUCCUGCGCUGAUCGUUUGGUUCAAGAAUUUAGGAUAUAGCCUUCAUCUUGCCAAGGAUCCCUCUGUCUACAUAGCAGCUGUAGUAUGUAGCACCAUGGCAGUGUUUCUGGAUGGUAGAUACACCAUUCCUACAUGCAAGGGACUUUGCAAGCUAUCGUCCUGGCUCUUCCUGGUCUUCUUAUGGCUGAUGGUGCUGUACACGCUAGAAUCUGCCUACCUGGUUUCCUAUUUCAUCUGUGCUGUGUUUGUUAUACUCUCAGCGCUUCAAAUCUACCAAUGACUUGUGCUACUAGAUCAGAAACAUCACAGUUUGAUGGACGGGAAGAUGGGUGUCAUUAUGCAUCUCAAAUUGAGUAAAUUGUGUCAGUACUUCCGAUGGCUUAAGUAUGUGAUUGUAAAUGAAUUGGGGAGAUCUUAUUGUGCCAAAUGUCUUCAGUGGUUUUCCUUCAAAUUAACUCGGGCAAGACUUCACUUAGUGACAAAUUUUCUCAAAACUAAAGUUAGGUAUUAUUUUGGGCAAAUGUCUGCUUGGAUUUUACCAAGACCAAGGUUCGAUAUUGGUUCUGGAUCAUUUGGGCAUUCAGGAAUACGGUGGCUGUACAGAAAAGUGAUAUUUGCAGGGAAAUGGACGUUACUGUCCUUCCACUGUGCUAUAGUGAAGAUUUUUGGCAUUUUUCAUAAUUUCCAUAAUGAUAAACAUUUACAUCAUUCCAAAGAAGUGUGAUUUUUUAAAUACUUUUUUUUAAAUAGAAUGUCAUUUUUAAUUAAAUAGUCAGUGAGCACAGCAAGUAGAUAAAAUGCACAUGUAUUUACACAUGUUUAAUGGAUAAUUUUUUAACGUUCAGAGAAUGUGCUUAGAAACUGGAGUAAUGUUUUCCAGAAUUCUAUGCAAUAAAUCUGCAUUGACCAAUUGACAUACAUGCAUAAAUUUACACAAUUCUGACUUGCGCAGUUGCCAUACAUGUAUAAAUGGUAACUUCCUCGCGAAAUGCCAUUUUUUUUCUACUGUCUGGCACUGUGCUCUGUGUCAAUCACUGAAGAGGGUACUUAUGUAAUUCUGUGACAUAAGACUUGAGAACUACUUGGAAGUUAAUCCCAGUAACUGGGGAGAUGCAACUCCUUUUUAUGAAAUUUUAGCUUGGAUCAGUCGUACUAAUUUUUU